AUGUUUGUGGACAGUCAAAGUGCGAUAAGAAUUAUUGAAAAUGGAGUGAUAAAUAGACGUUCAAAACACAUAGACGUUCGCUACAAAUUCAUUCAUGAAAAAGUGAAAAAUGGUGAUGUGAUAAUUAAAUAUUGUUCAUCAAAUGAACAAACAGCAGACAUUUUCACAAAAAUAUUAGCUAAAGUUAAAUUUAUCUAUCAUACAAAUAAGAUUGUUAUAACAAAGCCGCGGAAAAAUUUAACCUCGACAAUGCGUGUAGCAGAAAGGCACAACUCCAGCGUGCUCUGCGAGCUCGAGAAUCAGAGAAAGGAGCAAGAAAUGCAGCUCAACGAAUUUGAAUUGCAGAAAUUCGUAGACAAGAAUCUCAAGAACACCGUGAUAAACGCCUGCGACAAAAUUUGUGAGGAUCGUGUUUCAACUAGGAGCCUGCAUAAUUUUAUAGAAAAAGCAGAAGAAAGAGCACUUGUGGAAUCAUUGGAAGUUUCUUUCGAAAAUUAUAAUCAUCUUGUUCAGUUAUUGAAAACAGUAUCGCCACAAUUGUUAAGUGACAAAUGUCAAAUGGUUAUCAAAGCCGACAAAGUACCAUCUGGGGAACAUGCUGGCAGGUUCAACGCGCCUACUGUAGAUGAAGUUGCUAUUAUUAUGUAUCCUUUGAUAUUCUGGCAAGGACAAGAUGAAUACCACAUCAACAUCAAACAGCGUGAUCCAGCCACUGGUAAUGAAACAAAUAAAAACAUAAUGGCACGACUAGCGCUUAUUUUUAACAUAUUAGAGAACUCCAAUAGGAUAGAUAUAAGACAAAGGCGGAAUCUUAGAAGAAUGGCGCGUUAUGCCGAUAAUGCCUUCGCCAUGAGUAAUGAGUUUAAAAAAUGUUAUCGCUUCAGCAAAGAGUUGUUUGAAAUUCUACAUAACGAUUUGGUGCCGCUGUUACCAAGAACUACCCGUCGUAGCGAUAUAUCUACGCGUUAUAAGGUUUUAGUGGCGCUUUCAUUUUACGCCACGGGAAGCUAUCAGCGUUUGGUGGGAACUACGCACGGAACGCUGAUGUCACAACAAUCUGUGUCACGAGCCAUCAAAGAGGUCACAAAUGCCCUAAAUACAGAUGUGAUUGUAAAUAAAUGGCUCAAAUUCCCACAAACCCGUCGAGAAAGAGACCAUAUUAAACAAAGAUUUUAUGAAAAGUUCCAAAUACCAUCCGUAGUUGGUGCUAUUGAUGGUACUCAUGUAGCUAUCAUACGUCCAGCUCAAAAUGACGAGAGGUUUUACAACAGAAAAGGAUUUCACUCAAGAAAUGUUUUAAUUAUAUGCGAUGCAGAUAUGAAUAUUUUAAGUGUUGAUUCAUCUUUUGGUGGAGCGACUCAUGAUAGUUUUAUAUUAAAUCAACACCCUGUCAAAAGCUACCUAAUAAAUUUAUUAAAUUCAGGGGAACUUGUUUAUUUACUAGGUGACUCUGGCUAUCCCCAGAGAAAUUUUUUAAUGACACCUAUUUUGGAUGCUCCGGCUAACUCACCAGAAGAGCACUAUACCAAUAUGCAUUGUGUGGCACGCAAUAUAGUGGAGCGUACUAUAGGUGUAUUAAAAAAUAGGUGGAGAUGUCUUCUCGGUCACAGGGUCCUUCACUAUCAUCCUAACACAGCUGCUAGAAUUAUAAAUGCUUGUUGUGUUUUACACAACAUUUGUAAUAAAGCAAGCUUGAGUCAGAAUGACAGUGAGGAUACUAUACCAUCUUCAGUAGAGGAAGACAGCACCCAGGAAAUAAGUAGGCAGGAUCUUCCUGACUUAACUAGAGGCAAUGAAGCUAGAUCUCGUUUGGUGCGUGAGUUAUGGGCUGCGAGGCGUCAUUAAUUUUAUAAUUAAACUCUUGUUAAAUUA